AUGCCAAAAGUUGUAAAAAGUUCGGCUCAAGAAAUGAUAUUGAAGGUGAAAGAAUUCUGUGAAGCUGAACAAAAGAAUCAAGGUGUUUUAAUACCACUGAACAAUGUUCGGAAGAGAGUCGCCGCCAUAACAGGUGUGUCAGAGAAAACUAUAACAAGAAUUACAAAAGAAGGUAUAACAGCGGCGAGUACUUCGAAAAAAAUUUUCACCCCGGGGAAGAGACGCCCGCAUCCGAAAAAGUUCGACUUAUACGGGUUCGAUUUGUACGCUAUCCAGCAAAAAAUUCACAGUUUUUACGUUGUGCAUAAAGAAUUACCAACUUUGGCUAAAUUACGAGUAGCUCUUAGAGAAGACAUCAAUUUUCAGGGAAGCAUCACAACAUUGCACAGAAUAUUAAAUAGGAUUGAUUUCAAGUACAAGCGAUGUCAAUCCAGACGCAAACUACUUAUGGAAUGUCACGACAUUACCGCAUGGCGUGCAAGAUAUUUGGAUAAAAUACGAAUAAAUCGCACUGUGGAAAAACGACCCGUUGUAUACUUAGAUGAGACCUAUAUACACAAUACUUAUCAUACAAAAAGUUGUUGGCAGAGUGAGGAGGAGCCAGGAAUGUUCGUCUCAGAGUCAUCAGGGAGUCGCUGGAUAAUCGCUCAUGAGUGA